CUGAAAGGAGUACGUAUAUGCAUUCUAAAAGUCUGUCUGUCUGUCCCACAAGGACAUAGGAAACACUUGACUUAUCCGACAAUAGUUUUAUCUAUAUAUGCGGUGGAUGGGAUGGGACAACACAAUUGUCAGUGUGUUAUAAAUAUAAUCAACAAACAAGUGUUUGGCAAUCAAUACAAUCCAUGUCUAUUAAACGUAUGAGUUUUAGUUUGAUUUCAAUGGAUUCAAAAUUGUAUGCAAUCGGCGGUUGGAAUGGUAAUUAUUUAAAUAGCAUUGAAACAUAUGAUCAACAAACAAAUCAAUGGAAAUCUAUAGCAUCGAUGAAUAUAAUACGCCGAUUUAUUAAAUUUUAUAAAGUAAUCAUGAUGCUACAGCUAAUACAAAAUCAUAUAUAUGUAUGCGGUGGUGAAAAUGGCAAUGUUAUCAAUUUUUGUGAAUAUUAUUCACUAAAUACAAAUCACUGGUCUAUUGGCCAACCAAUGAGUACGGAAAAUCAUGGUAUGGCAGUCAUAGCUGACAACGGAUUUAUUUAUACUAUUGGUGGUCAAAAUAAAAAUGGAGGUAAUUAUUUAAAUUCAAUAGAAAGAUACGAUACAAUAACACAACAAUGGCAACCAAUGGCUAAUAUGAGAUAUACUAGAUGUUAUUUUGGUUCAGCAUCAUUUAUGGAUAAAAUAUAUGUUUGCGGCGGUUGGGGUAAUAGUAAUUGUCAAUCAUGUGAAGCAUAUGAUCCGAAAACAAAUCAAUGGACACAAAUUGGUUGCAUCAAUGAUAUUAGGUAG